ACCAUUCUCAAAUCCCCCACUAACCAAAAUCAUGAAGCCACUUCAUUCAUAGCCAAUAUAUAUCCGAUCUCCUACAUCCUUCAACCUCUCCCACCUCUCUUCUCUUCUCUUCUCUCUCAAAACCUCACAAAAAAUGCUUGGGAAGAAGAUGGUGAGCUUCAAAAACCUAGCCAAGAAGGUGAAGGCUGUGGGGGCAACUGGUAGAGAGCCAUCACACCAUGAAUGUCUGCUAAGAGACUCGGAGCAAGGAGGGUCUCCUCCAACCAAACCACCAACUGGGUUCCUGGCAGUUUACGUAGGCGAAGAGCGCCAGAGGUUUGUGGUUCCAACAAGCUUUCUUUCUCAUCCACUCUUCAAGAUGCUGCUGGAGAAAGCGUACAAUGAGUUUGGUUUUCAGCAGAGAAAUGGACUCGUGGUUCCUUGCAGCGUCUCGGCUUUCGAAGAGGUUGUCAGUGCUGUGGAAUGCAGUCACGGGCAGUUUGAUUUUGGAGAACUUGUUGAGGAGUUUAUUUCAUGAUCAGUAGGGAUAAGUUAGCUGCAUGCCUUCUUUUAUUUGAUUAGUGAAAGUGCUUAGAUUAGUGUUAUAGCACCUGCUAUCUGGGCUUUGUAAUUCCAUGCAUGUACUAGAACAUGUUCAUAUACAUAAAUACAUAUAGCUCAGCUCUUUAAAAGAGCUGGAGCUGGUUUUGGA